UCCAGAAAUGGCGCCGUAUUGAGUAUAUGCACAUUCUGCAUCAGGGGACGGUCCCCAUGGUGCAACUGGAGAUUGUCAGGUUGACGAUGGCAGAAGGCUCAUAUGGACUAGUGGGGGACAAUAAGCGCCACACGAGAAAAAUAGCAGCCGAGGAAAAGUGCCACGCAACAAAUUCAUAAUCAUGCCCGACGACAGACCUUCGACAAUCUCUGCGUGUUUGCUCAAAGAGAUAUAAGACAACUGGGACACUGCGUUCGUUUUAUUGCACCAUCCAAGCAGAGUAUCCUGCAGGUGUGGUAAUGCGACCGUGAGGUCCAAAGUGCAAUCUACCAUGUUCAUUCCUUAUCGCGGACCAUCAAAGACGAAAGACACCAACACGCGGCGAGCAAUCAAUGCUUUUGUGGCAACAGAGGCGAGCAGCAGAAGUCACAAGCGAAGGGCAGAAGAGGUCGAGCACAGGGGGAGGCAGGGGACCCUGCGGUGGCUCCAUAUUCCAGAUCGUCCCGAUUCAAAAGAGCCAAUAAUUGAUAAAAGGCACCAGCCGCCAGAAGACGAUGGUCAGGCACCCGGGAAGCCGACGACAGAAGCGCUGGUUGUUCCCACGCCUGUCGGGGCUGGGAGGUUCUACCCGUUCGGCGAAUUGGCCUCGAGAGGUCCGUUGACUGCGCGCGCUCUCAGCUACUAUUUCGACAUCCUUCUCCCUCACGACGCAAAGGCUCUUGGACUGGGAGAAGUGGGUACGAGAUCAUUCGGCCGCGGACUUCUCUCGUGGGCCUCAAAGCACGAUCUAAUCCUGCAUGGAUUGUCAGCAUUUACCCUGUGCAGUCUGGAAUGUCAGGACAUUACCGGCAACACCAGUCGUGCCAUCAUGUUCCAUCGGAAUAAAGUCCUGCUCGAUCUGCACAGCCGUUUGUCCCGGCAGCAAGUGGACGACGUGUUGAUACAGGGGAUGGCUCUGCUAAUUCCGGUGGACGACUAUCUGGGCCAUUAUGAGUUUGGUCCGGUCCAUCUGAAUGGGAUGCGAGAGGUGGUCAAGCUCCGUGGAGGGUUCGAUGCCGUCGGAAGCUCCGACGAGAAUGCUUUUGGGAGGAACCUUCGCAUGAGUCUGCUUGUAACCCAGAGCAUGGUCGACUUCCCUUGCAACUGGGGGCUGCCUUCUCCUCUGCCGGUGCGGGAGGAGACAGCUCUAGAUCUACCGCCAGGCUUUCGCGACCUGGCCCGUUAUCGCUAUCUGUCAGAAGAGGCGGUUGGAAUUAUCAGGGGCUUUUCACACUGGCUUACUAGAAGCAAGGAAAGCGAGCCCACAGUCCGACAAACGUGGCGUUGCUCCAUGUCCCGAAAUCUAAAUAACCUUGAGAAGUGCAUAUGUGUCACCCUGGCAUGUCUCGCCGAUGACCUCAGUGCUAUGGGGACUCAUCCGGCAGCGUUGAUUUUUCUAUUAGCAGCCGUUGCUGAGGUAUGGAAUGAUCCCCUCCUUACUGAGUGUGUGAUAUGGAUCCGGAUCAUCUCCAGAGACAAGCAGCGGCAUUUGCUGCGGAGGGCAAUCCAGCAAAGGUACUCGGCAAGUGAUUGGAACCACGUACGGCGAAUAAUGCAGCGGUUUUUAUAUGAUCCGUCUCGUGAGAAAGAUUGGGAAGAGGCCUGGAAUAUUGCGCUGGCUGAACAUCCUGAGUCCCUGACAUGGAGAACGAAGGGGAUUCGGCAAUCUGGCGCUACAUCAACCCAAUACUUAGCGUGA